AUGCCUUCAAUUUUCCCUUCUCAAAACACUCUUCACGAUGUAUUCCACCAUCCCCAUCCCUACGGUCGCCGAUCCGAACUAGCAAUUCAAUCACCUACCACUCCCGUAUCCAAGCGCACCCCACUUCAAGCUCGUUCAGAGCUCUAUACAGCUUGGUCCGUCGUUGACGAUGCGAAGAAUAAAGCCAAUGCAUUGAGUGCAGAAGCUGCAAAGGAGUUUGAGAAAGCUAGUGCGAGUGCCCAGGCUAAAACUGGUAAAAUUGAGUUGUAUUCGCCAAAGUUUUAUGCUGCUUGUACUUUUGGUGGAUUACUUGCUUGCGGUCUCACCCACACAUCAGUCACCCCUCUUGAUCUAGUAAAAUGCCGUCGUCAAGUCGACUCCAAAAUGUACACAGGCAACUUCCAAGCCUGGGGUAAAAUCUUCCGCGCCGAAGGAUUCCGUGGCAUCAUGACCGGAUGGGGUCCCACAUUCUUUGGAUACUCCGCCCAAGGAGCAUUCAAAUACGGUGGAUACGAAUUCUUCAAGAAAUUCUACGCUGAUCUCGCCGGUCCUGAAAAUGCAUACAAGUACAAAACAUGGCUUUAUCUAUCCGCCAGUGCAUCUGCAGAAUUCAUUGCCGAUGUGGCACUUUGUCCUUUCGAAGCUGUGAAGGUAUCCAAAUUAAACGCAAGCCGACUUCCCGGUGAAGCAUUCGGUGCGGCUACCGGACGUAUCUAUAAAGAUAUUGGAUUCCGUGGACUCUGGAACGGUCUUCCGGUUCGUAUCGUUAUGAUUGGUACUUUGACUGGUUUGCAAUGGAUGAUUUAUGAUUACUUUAAGAUUUUCAUGGGAUUGCCAACGACGGGUGGAGCUGCACCUGUACAAGUUGUGCAGAAACGAAAUAUUGAAUAG